UUGGAUAAUAUCAGAGUGAGGGGCGGGCGUGAAAGCGCCUGCUGCACACUGUCGGGCAAACCUACAAACAUAUUCUCCGCGGUGAACAACUUCUUCGCUGAUUCGCCUCUGGUGAAUCAGCUUAAAGGUAUCAUGACUAGGCAAGUAAGCAGCAGUGGAGAGCCGGGGCCACCUGAUGAAUCUUCACGUCCAGAGAGCCGUAGUCCGCCGUCUGUCGGUCUCAGUCCCUCAGAGAGUCAUCUAUCACAACGUUCGAUUUCACCCCCGAGAUCGCAGCGGCAGGUGGCCUUUCUAAAGCCAGUGGCUGACAAUAACUUGAACAGAAAGGCGUCCAUCAUUGACGAGACGACUGGCAUCUCACGAACACAAAUGAAAGAAUUCCGGGAGGCGUUCCGUCUAUUCGACAAAGAUGGAGACGGAACGAUCACGAAGGAGGAAUUGGGGCGGGUAAUGCGCAGUCUUGGCCAAUUUGCAAGAGUGGAGGAGCUACAGGACAUGCUGCAGGAGGUUGACAGUGAUGGGGACGGCAACGUCAGCUUCGAGGAGUUCGUCAACAUCCUCUCCAAAUCGAUGUCAGCAGGGGGCGGCAGCAGCUGUGCUGAACAAGAGGAGCGGGAACUGCGCGAUGCCUUCCGCGUAUUCGACAAACACAACCGAGGAUACAUCUGCGCAUCUGAUCUGAGGGCUGUGCUGCAGUGCCUCGGCGAGGAUCUCUCGGAGGAGGAAAUCGAAGAUAUGAUAAAAGAAGUGGAUUCUGAUGGCGAUGGGCGUAUUGACUUUUUGGAGUUCGUCAGAGCAUUAGGUGAGCCAGAGGACGCUUGCGACGAUGAAGAGGACGAAGAAGUAACCGACGGAACCGACGUGAUUUUCCAAAGAUCUGUAGCGGCAGUUUAA